AUGUUGACUCACAGAGGGGAUACGAACAACCGGAUAUAUAACUUGGAUCCCUAUUCACAUAGUGCGGGACGGCUCUCGCGGGCCCGUACAUUUUGUUUUGUUCCAUGCCCCCGGCUCUUGACAGCUUCGUGGAACAACAUUCCUUUCAAUAGCAACAUCAUAGCUUCUCGACCAUGGAUAAUAUCAUCAUCCGCUGUUCAUAGAGGCGAGGUUGUGUCGCCGCGGAAGCGCAUUCAAAGACACAAGCACGGCAAGUUUCCGGAUCAUGUCCUCUCCGAUUGGAAAGAAGACAAUAGCCAAGGUGCUGGCUUUGGCAUGAUCUCGGGAAGAAAUGCGGGUGUGACUGCGCUGAACGUAAACGUAUCAGUCCAACGUUUGGAUCAUUUCUAUCCCACUACGCAUGCUCCCAUCGGACUAAAUCAAGACUCAUGGUACAUUUCGCUUAGCACAACUCAACUAGCCCAUAUUUAUCCCGGUGCAUAUAUGUUAAGGGAGAGUCCUGAGGCGACAGAUGUCAUGCAAGGUACGUUGGCACGAAAAGGAAUGGUUGACACCGCAAACACAAUAAUUAGGUCACCGGGCUCAGAACGAAAUGCCACCGUUUUUCGUCGCAAACAGGGUGAUAGACGACGCCGAAUCUUGCCGUAUAAGUCAAGGCCUACCAAUCUCCUCAAUUGGACUCUAUUUGAUCCGGACUCAGAGUCCUUCAAAGACGAUACCACCUCCAUCCCAGAGCGUAUGGUUGCGAUGGAAGCUAUACCGAUGCUUCUGUCCUUCGAGCUGGGCUAUGAUGUUAGAACAUCUUCCCAGGCGGUAUCAGUGGCUGGCGUGCGGGAUGGAAGGUUUUGUAUUUAG